GCAGUGAGCAGUGAGUGUGUGUGAGCAGUGAGUGUGUGAGCAGUGAGUGUAUGUGAGCAGUGAGUGUGUGAGCAGUGAAUGUGUGUGAGCAGUGUGUGUGUGUGUGUGUGCAGCGGGGAGGUGACCAGCAGCGUUAGCGGCAGCAGCAGGCCGCUCAGUGGAGAAUAGCUCCUCUAUGAACGCCCUUCAGACUCACUUGCCUGUGAAUCACAUUUUCCACCUACAACACUGUUACUUCAGACUGGGCCCCUCCGGAGGAACACAUGCAACAAACGCUUUCUUCCUCCCCGACAGCUCCGCUCAGAGUCGAACUGCUGCUGCUCUCUCAUAGAAAGGGGAUCGAUACUCACUGGAAACUUUAUUCGAACUCUCCUCAAGUUUUUUUUUAACUUUUUGAUGGGAGAUCAUGAUCGAAUAUCGGAAUAAUGGUGUAUCUAUUCCUCUGUCACAUUUAAUCAAUCAGCCCCGAUGGAGCCGUUUUAAGUUGGCGAGCCAGCGUUCCUGCGCUGAUCGAUGGUAGUUAUUGAUCUAGUGACUAUCGAUCAGCACUGACAUGGAUCUUCAGGUGGUGGUCUGGCUCUUCUACUGCCUUCUGCUGCCCGCCGCACUCCUAACAGCUUGUCUUUUUCGCUACAACGUCUUGUCGUUGGUUUACUUCCUCUACUUGCUGCUGCUACCAUGGUUCCUGUGUCCCAACAAACACACAAUCAGAGGUCACACGGGUCGGUUUAUCAGAGCGGUGUUCUGUACCAGUCUACUAUUUGUACUGGCCCACAUCUGCUUCCAGACAGUAUUAUACACGUAUCCUCCCCUAAACAUCGCCAUAGGUGAUAACUGCUCACAAUGGGACACCAUAACCAGACAUAUAGGACUGUCCAGGCUACCUUUGGAUGAUCCUUGGAGCGUGUUACGCCUCAUGUGCCCUGACCUGGGUGUGUGUGUGGUUGCCUUGGUAACGGUGAUCCUCUGCAGCAGAUUGGUCAGGAACAGAGAAAUGGUGGCUGCUGCCAACAUUACAUCGCUAGAAGAUGAUCCACCAGACAAAACCACAGAUGAUGAGAAUGAGGAGGAGGAGGAGGAGGAGGAGGAGGAGGAGGAGGAGGAGGAAGAAGAGGCAUCAGGAGACGAAGAUGAAGAGGAGCGGUCAUUACCUGGUGACCCUGACGAGGAGGUUUCCACAGUAACCAGAGCCAAGCAACUGGCUGAGCGUCUGAAAGCCAAAGCCCGGAAGGUUCUGCGGGACCUGGGGAGGAUUUUGGCCAUCGGCCUGCUGGCUUUGGCAGGCAUCACGUUGCCCUCUGCCUUCUCAGCCAUCUACUUCCUGCUUUUCAUCGGCAUGUGCACGUGGUGGGCAUGCCACCUUCCCAUCAGCCACUUGGGUUUCAAUGCGCUGUGUGUGAUGGUGGGCUUCUUCACUUCUGGUCACAUGGUCUGUCUGUACCUGUACCAGAGUCUGCUGGCCCAGGCCCUGUUCCCCCCACACAGUUUGUGGGCCAGACUCUUUGGCCUAAAGGACAUCAUCAUACCAGGAAACUGCUCCUCGCCCUAUGACCUCAACCUUAAUGCCGAUCAUGAUUGGCCAGUUUAUGUCAACCCAGGAAUACUGUUCCUCCUCUACAUUACCAUAGCAACUGUUAUCAAGACAGGAUAUCAUGGAACACCUAACCAGCAGGUUGAGGAGGAGCCACAGCAGGCGGAAAGGGAAUCGCUGAAGGAGGACAUGGUGGAAUUAAGGUCAUGGAAUCAACAGAAAGAUAACUAUGAAGAUGACACACAGCUCAUGCUCCUGUCCAUGGGAACAGAAGGCAGCAGAGGAGUAACUGUAGCUGGAGAGAGUCAGCCAGAUCUGGGUGAUAGCGGCGCCCCCAGUGGCCAACAGAGUGAAAGUCCGUUUUUCCUGCUGGGAAAGGUGGUCAUGCAGCAGAGCUACGUCUGUGCACUCAUUGCCAUGAUGGUGUGGAGCAUCACGUACCACAGCUGGCUGACCUUUGUGCUGCUGCUGUGGGCUUGUCUCAUCUGGAUCCUGCGUUCCAGACGGCAUGCAGCCACACUGUGCUCUCCAUUCAUCCUGCUCUACGGCCUGGGUCUGUGCUGCUUGCAGUACGUCUGGGCCAUGGAGCUUCAGCCUGAACUGCCCACCACUGUGGGAACCAUGAGCCUCAGACAACUGGGGCUGGACAGAGCCCAGUACCCCUGCUUAAGACUGGGAGCUAUGCUUCUGUUCACUUUAACCUUCUGGCUGCUGGUACGUCAGUCAGUGAAGGAUAACUUCAGCAAGAAGAGGAAAAUGGCCACACCACUACAGGAAGUCACUACAGGAGAAGAGGGGGCUGGUAAUGAGUCGGUGCUGAAGGUUCUGGGAGGCAUGGUGAUGAGCUGUUACGCCAAGUAUUGGAUCUAUGUGUGCGGAGGCAUGUUCAUCAUGGUCUCCUUUGCUGGAAAACUUGUUGGAUACAAGAUCAUCUACAUGCUGCUGUUCCUGGUCUGCCUGUGUCUCUAUCAGGUGUACUAUUCUCUGUGGAGGCGUCUGUUGAAGCUCUUCUGGUGGCUUGUUGUGGCCUACACCAUGCUGGUGCUGAUCUCCAUCUACACUUACCAGUUUGAAGACUUCCCUGGAUACUGGAAAAACUUAACCGGUUUCACAGAAGAACAGCUGGGAGCAAUCGGUCUGGAGACGUUCGCUCUGUCCGAACUCUUCACCAGCAUUCUGAUCCCCGGCUUCUUCCUGCUGGCCUGUAUUCUGCAGCUGCACUACUUCCACAAGCCCUUCAUGAGAAUCACUGACCUGGAGCAUGUUACACCCAGACACAAGAAGAAGAACAGUGAGAUGACUGAGCAGAUUGGCUCUGGUGACGUUGGAGUGAACUUUGAAGAGGAAGACCUAGUGACGAACAUCGAUGAGGAGUCUGAAGACGAAGUGGAGCUGAUGCCCAGUAAGUGGGGUCUGGUGAUGGACAGGUUGUUGGUUCUGUCCAGAAGGUUCUCUGACAUUCUUACCAAAGUUCAAGUGUUUCUCUGGCGGCUUCUGGAGCUCCACAUCCUCAAGAUGGUGGCCUUCUUCUCUGUGUGGGUUGCGCUUGAAGAGCCAUCUGUGAUGAACCUGGUCCUGGUGGUGUUGUGGUCUCUGGCGAUGCCCUACGGUCGCUUCAGGCCCAUGGCCUCCUGUCUGUCCACAGCCUGGGUGUGUGUCAUCAUUGUGUGUAAGAUGCUGUACCAGCUCACUGUUGUCAACCCUGUCGAGUACUCCAGUAACUGUAGCCGGCCUCUAACAAAUGAAACCAACCUGUUGCCAGAGGAGAUGAAGAACUCCUCUCUGUAUAAGGAGCCGGUGGAUCCAGCCAAAUGGUUUGGCAUCAGGAAAGAUGCCACCGUACUGGGAUACAGUAAGAACCAUUUAAUAGUGCUGAUGCUGUUGGUGUUUGAGGCGACAGUGUAUCGUCACCAGGCUCACCACUACCGUCAGCUCCAACGAUCUCCCCCCACCAUCCCCACUCUGUUCCCCGCCGCCACCAGGGACACUCUGGACCAGGGCCUCAUUCCCUGCCUAAAGUACCUGCUCAACUACACCUUCUACAAGUUUGGAUUGGAGAUUUGCUUCCUGAUGACGGUGAACGUGAUUGGCCAGCGGAUGAACUUCCUGGUGAUAAUCCAUGGCUGUUGGUUGGUAGCCAUCUUGGUAAGGCGGCGACGGGCAGCUAUUGCCAGAAUCUGGCCCAAAUAUUGUCUCUUCCUGUCCAUCUUCAUGAUCUACCAGUACCUACUGUGUGUGGGCAUCCCGCCUGCUCUCUGUAUAGACUACCCAUGGCGGUGGAACACUCCAGUGUUGAUGAACUCAGCUCUCAUUAAAUGGAUCUAUCUGCCUGACUUCUACACUGUACCUAACUCCAAAAACCUCAUAGCGGACUUUGUGCUGCUGAUGUGUGCAUCCCAGCAGUGGAAGGUGUUUGAGUGUGAGCACACAGAGGAGUGGAUGGUUCUGGCAGGAGACAACACAGACAACCCAGAUCCGAUGGAAGGUCAUCCUUUUAACCCUGCGCCCAACUUUAUCAACUGCAGGAGUUACCUGGACAUGGCUAAAGUUUUGGUGUUUCGCCACCUCUUCUGGUUUGUGCUGUCAGUGGUCUUCAUCACUGGGGCCACCAGGAUCUCUGUGUUCGGACUGGGCUACCUGCUCGCCUGCUUUUUUUUCCUGCUGUUUGGGACCCAGCUAUUGGUCAAACCCUCCAGAACCCGCCUCGCCCUGUGGGACUGUCUCAUCAUCUAUAACGUGGCGGUCAUUGUAUCGAAAAAUAUGUUAUCAAUCCUGGCGUGUGUGUUUGUGUUUGAGAUGCAGAAGGGCUUCUGUUGGGUGAUUCAGCUCUUUAGCCUGGUCUGCACAGUCAAAGGAUACUAUGACCCAAAAGCAGUGAGUGACAAGACCUGCAGCCUCCCAGUAGAGGAGGCCGGGAUCAUCUGGGACAGUAUCUGUUUUCUCUGUCUGCUGCUGCAGAGGAGGGUCUUCCUCAGUUUCUACUUCCUGCAUGUGGUGGCAGAGCUGCAGGCUUCUGCCAAACAGGCCUCUAGGGGGUUCGAGCUCUUCAGAGCCAGUAUUGUGAAGAACAUCAAGUUCCACCAACAAGCUGAGAAGAAAUCUCUGUCACAGCUCAAGAGAUCGAUGCAGAGAAUUCGCUCCAAGCAGCAGAAGUGCAGAGAUGGACACAAAACAAGUGGAGAUUCCAACGAGAGUCAGACUGUCGAGACCCAGACAGACAAGAAGAAGUCCAGGAAGAAAAAGUGGCACCAGCCGUGGUUGGACCAUGCUACAGUGCUCCACUCAGGAGAGUACUACCUGUUUGAAUCAGACAGUGAGGAUGAAGAGGAGCUACAGUCUGAAGAACAGAAGCCUCAGAAACAGACUGCCUGUCAGCUGGCGUACCAAGCGUGGGUGACCAGUGUGAAAACAGCUUUGAGAGAACGUCAGAAACGCCAGAGACAGUUGAGGAGGGUUGAGAAAAAAGAGAAAGAGCAAGAAGCAAGAGUGGAGUCACAACAGGAGCCUUUCUCUGUGAUAGGUUGUGGGGACAAUGACGUGUUCGAGGACCUUGUUCAGGAGGAGGUAGAGGAGCCAGAGGAACAGGAGUCUGCUCAUGGUGAGAUGGUUCAGAGGAUCUUGGACAUCCUGCGCUUCUUAUGGGCAAUCAUUCUGGCCAUGGUGGACGGAGUGACUCAGUGGCUCAACCUGCUGACUAAACAGUACAGAGAGACGUCGACAGUUUUGUGCAACGAACGUUACUUCAACAUACACAAGAUACAGCAGCAUCACACAGCAGACUCCACAGAUGACCAGCUGUCUCAGGGCAGUGAGUGUCCCACACUGGAGACCUGUUUGGAUGAGACUGAUGCAGAAACCUCAACCAGAUACAGCUGCCUGGAGGUGGACAGCGCAGGUGUAACAGGCCGGUCUACACCCAGGCCAAGGCUCAACAGCACUGGGAACCUCUUGAGUCCAGAACCCCAAUCCAGCAUUACAGAUCUGCUACCGGUGCCAUCCAAACAACAACAUAGGCACUCCAGAACAGCCAGUGAGCUACUGGGAGACAGGCAGUUCUUCAUCGAGGAGCUGGAACAGAACAGGGACUUCUAUCACAACCAGAACCGCCUGCUGAAGCUGCUGUUCGCCUUGUACAACCUGCUGGCAGCCAACUCAGAGCUGGUCUGCUAUUUCAUCAUAGUGUUAAACAACGUGGUCAGUGCCUCUGUCAUAUCCCUGGUGCUGCCCAUACUGGUGUUCCUGUGGGCUAUGUUGGCUGUUCCGAGACCAACCAAGAGGUUUUGGAUGACUGCUAUAGUCUACACAGAGGUGAUGGUGGUGGUAAAAUACCUUUUCCAGUUUGGAUUCUUUCCCUGGAACAGUGUUUAUGAGAUGACCCUAAAUGAAGACAAACCUUUCUUCCCACCUCGCAUCCUGGGCCUGGAAAAGACUGACAACUACAUCAGAUAUGAUCUUCUUCAGCUGCUGGCUCUGUUCUUCCACAGAUCUCUGCUCAUGCGUUAUGGCCUGUGGGACCACGAGGGCCCCCUUGAGGAGCAGAGCCCCUUACCAGAGAGUUGUAAGGAUGAAGAAAAAACUAAAGAAGGAGAUGAAGAUGGAAAGAGGAAGGAGAGAGGAGGAGAAAAGGAGGAUGAGGAGGGCAGAGCUGGCUCAACAUCCAUCCUGGAAAAGCUGGAAAUCCCUGAACUGGACCAACUUGAAAAGGACGAUGCAGAACCAAGUACCAGCACCACUGCUGCUACCCCACAACCUCCUGCAGCUGAACCAGCUCUCACUGAGUCAAAAGAGGAACAGGAAACUCCGUCCGGGCUGAAUCCCCCCAGCAGGCCGAAGGAGGAUAAGAUAGAGGGAGACGAUGAGCAGGCAAUAGAGGAAGCCCCGAAGAAAAGCAGCAGUAUCCGCUUCCGCAAGAAACCUAAACAACCCAAACGACAGCACAGCAAAGAUGUUCCAGUGGAGCCCACAGCUGAGACGGCAGAUCCCAGUGAAGAACCAGUGAAGAAGAAGCAGAAAGGCAGGAGGACAGAGGCAGCCAGUAAGAGAUUGCUGGCUGUUGGAGCCAAGAUAAAACAUGUCUUCAUCUCGGGUGUCCAAAGUGUUUACAGGCCAACUCAGGGUUUCUUCAGGGGGAUUCUACACGCUGAGUAUCGGGCUGCCACCGAUGUCUACGCACUCAUGUUCCUGACUGAUGUCAUUGACUUCAUCAUCAUCGUCUUUGGCUUUUGGGCAUUUGGGAAACACAGUGCAGCAGCUGAUAUAGCCUCCACCCUGUCGGAGGACCAGGUUCCUGAGGCAUUCCUGGUGAUGCUGCUCAUCCAGUUCAGCACUAUGAUCAUCGACAGAGCCUUGUACCUGCGCAAGGCCGUCUUGGGAAAACUCAUCUUCCAGGUGAUCCUUGUGUUUGGGAUCCACUUGUGGAUGUUCUUCAUCCUGCCAGCUGUCACUGAAAGGAAGUUCAAUCAGAACUUUGUGGCCCAGCUCUGGUACUUUGUCAAGUGUAUUUACUUCGGCCUGUCAGCCUAUCAGAUCCGCUGUGGAUACCCCACUCGUAUCCUCGGGAACUUCCUUACCAAGAAAUACAACCACCUCAACCUGUUUCUCUUCCAAGGGUUUCGUCUGGUGCCGUUCCUGGUGGAGUUGCGAGCGGUGAUGGACUGGGUUUGGACUGACACCACUCUGUCUCUGUCCAACUGGAUGUGUGUGGAGGACAUUUAUGCCAACAUCUUCAUCAUUAAAUGCAGCCGUGAGACAGAGAAGAAAUACCCACAGCCUAAAGGGCAGAAGAAAAAGAAGAUAGUGAAAUAUGGCAUGGGUGGACUCAUCAUCUUCUUCUUGAUCUGCAUCAUCUGGUUUCCCCUUCUCUUCAUUUCAUUGGUCAGAUCUGUGGUGGGUGUGGUCAACCACCCCAUCGAUGUCACAGUGACUGUCAAGCUAGGAGGAUACGAGCCCCUAUUCACCAUGAGUGUGCAACAGCAGUCCAUCCAGCCCUUCACAGAGGCUGAAUAUGACCAACUCACCCAAACGUUUGGAGACAAUGCGGUAGCCAUGCAGUUCAUCACUCUCUACAGUUACGAGGACAUCGUGACGGCCCUGAUCGAAGGUAGUUCAGGGUCGGUAUGGAGGAUCAGCCCCCCCAGCAGGCAGGAAGUCAUUAAAGAACUACUUGGAAGUCCUGUUGACCUAACACUACGUCUCGCCUGGACUUUCCAGAGGGACCUGGGUAAAGGAGGAACAGUGGAACACACCUUUGACAAACACUCUAUAGACCUGGAACCUGGAAACCCAGUCAGAGCAGAUCUGGCCUCACUACUGGUUGGCAAUCGCACUGGGCCUGUGCAUGUUCCUAAUAUGUUCCCUCACUACAUCCGUGCCCCCAAUGGAGCUGAAGCCAAACCAGUCAGUCAGCUACAUAAAGGUGAUGAAGAUAGUUACCUGAAUAUAACCCUGUCCCUGAUGAGUGACAGAUCGCUAAAUGGCAGUGGGAACCAGGAGUGGUGGGACAUUGCUAUUGCAGGCUGUGCCCCCUCCUCAUGUGGGGUUCUGCCGAUGGUCAUAUUCAACGACAAAGUCAGCCCACCCAGCCUGGGAUUCCUGGCUGGAUAUGGGAUCAUGGGCCUGUAUGUGUCUGUGGUCUUAGUCAUUGGGAAGUUUGUGCGUGGCUUCUUCAGUGAGAUCUCCCACUCCAUCAUGUUUGAGGAGCUGCCCUGUGUGGACCGCAUCCUGAAGCUCUGCACAGACAUCUUCCUGGUGCGUGAAACAGGAGAGCUGGAACUGGAAGAGGAACUUUACUCCAAACUGAUCUUCCUUUACCGAUCUCCAGAGACUAUGAUCAAAUGGACCAGGGACAUCCACAGCCAAGACCGAGACAGAUACUGACUGACUGAUCAUGUUUGGUUGUAGAGAAUACAGUCAUUUAUGAAACACACUGCAAAGAUGUCCAGUGGACAGCACAUGGAGGCUUCUUGAGAGCACUCCUUAGCAGAGUGGACAUUGACUUACAGCCAAGGAGACCUGUGAAAGGAGACGCACACUUUAAGACAUACUGUAUGAGACAUCUCCCGUCGCUGGACACCUGUUGCUGUUGCACAUUCACAGCUGCCUGAGCACUUUCUUUAAACCAGCUUACACUACAGACUAUUGACUGCAGUCCCACUGUGGGUGGGCUUCAUGGCAGCUGGAAGUCGGUCUGCAGGACUGGAUGUAACGCCCCUUGAGGCAAAAUCAGUUUGACAAUCAAAUCAAAUUGAGCUGUGUUUGUUAAUGGUCAGAGGUCAAACAGAGACAAGAGACUAACACUAACUGUGUGGCUGAAGCCUGAAGAUAACUGUCAGUUGAACCAUCUGCACUUACUGUAUCAGUGUGCUGAUAGAUUUGAAAACAUGCUACGCUGUCAAACUGAUUUUUUUUUACCAUACAUUCAUGUAAAAGUAACGUGUGCAGCAGCCAUGGACCGAGGUUUUACAAAACCGGCCCAAUUUAAAGGGUCACUUUAGGUUGUGAUUCUGAGUUUGAAUAAUGAAAAAGCUUUCAGGUCUCAAGUUCAGGGACGAUGGAUAAGACAGGUUAGUGAGAGAGCUCUGGAUCAGGCUUUUGGAUGACAAGUUUGCUAAUGUGGUUCCUAGUGGUUGCCUUAAGUUGACACUUUAAUUCACUUUCAAAACACUUUCUCAUUGUCAGGUUUAUAUUUUAUAUUUUUAUUUGGGGGAUCUACUGCAAUAGGUUUACAUGCUUUAGUCUUUAGUCCCCCCCCCCCCACACACAUAUUAAAGUUGGACGUUGGGUCUCCAUUUCCUUCCACUGUACAAAAAUUAAGCCAUUUGGAGCCAGAGUCUGCACAGUAGUGAUCGUGGUUGGUGCCACUGUAUUUUAUAGCAUCAAAUAACUAAUUAAAACCAAACUUAUCAGAAAAAUGAACAUAAGACCGUACAUCAGCCUAAUAAGAACUACCUAAAAUGACAGAAACCAUGUUUGGUAAAUAUUUAUUUGACGUGUACAUCUUUAUUUGGCCCAUGUCCCAUCUGCUAACAUAGAGUUGGUGGGGUUUAGGACCUAUACUGCAACCAGCCACCAGGGGGAGAUUGGGAUGUUUUGGCUUCACUAUUGGAGAGCUGUCAUGUCGUUCAUCUUUAUAUAUGUUGAUGUGCAGAUUCAGUAGGUUUCACUGUCACCUAGCCUAUAGGUGGUGCUGUUACAAUGUGAUGUAAUAUAGUAACAGAAGAAAAUCCUGAAUACAAACGAGGCGUGUGAGGCAGUGCUGGAGCAGUGUUUUCUGUGGGAGAUAGUAACUUUUUGGUGUGGACUUCUCACCUUCUACAGCGACAAAAAAUCUAUAUAACACACUAAAGUACAGGGAAACCCCCAAAAUAAUGUUAUGGCCUCUUCAAAAAAUAUAUAUGAAGCAGAGCACACACACAUGCUCAAACACAUAUCUCAAUUAUCCACCUGGGAUAAAAUAACACAAUAAAUUGCUGAAUGCUAGAAUGAUAUAUGAUAUAUAUAUAUAUGCAUAAUAACAGAGUGUAUAACAACAACAACAACUAAAAAUGCUGUGUGCUGGACACAUCAGUGACUGGUUGCUCCUUUGAUGAUGAUGAUGAUGAUGAUGAUGAUGAUGAUGAUGGCAUCCUCAGACAAAUGUUUGCUUUGAAUGUGUCCAGGUAAAAUGAUGUGAAGGAAAAUUGGAAUGUCAUAUUGAACCAUAAAAAACAUUUUUUGUUUAAGUGCUGAUUCUGUGUCGGUAUAAUGAGUGUGCAGUCUUUUCAAAGAAAAUCCUUUAGAUCAAAAAGUCUGGUCCCAGAGAGUUCAACAAGAAGUCACCACCACCAUCAGCUAGAUUUCAAACAACGACGAGCCUUCAUAUCGGGAGGAAAUCAACGAUCUUGCAGAGUGGUGCACAGAAAACAACCUACUGCUCAACGUCAGUAAAACCAAAGAGCUGAUUGCUGAUUUUAGAAAAAGAGGCAAAGACAUACACCCAUUUCCAUCAGUGGAGCUGAGGUGGAGCUGGUGAACAGUUUUAGGUUCCUGGGAAUUAACGUCACAGAGAACCUGUCAUGGUCAUCUCACAUCCGCCCCUGGUUAAGAAACAGUCUCUCCAGGAUUCCGCAGGCUUUUUUUGGAUUGUUGUGGCCUAUAAUGCCGGACUUCCUAGCAGCCUUUCAAAAUAAAUUGCUAUGCAUGUUGCGAUAAUUGUAGGCAUUUUUUGCAAUGAAAUUGUAGUAGACAGUGAAAUCUGCAAAUGGUGUUUCCCUUUUUUUGCAUACAACAAUUGGUUGACAAAAUUUACAACAUUGCACUGAAUUCACUGGGACUGGUUGAAUUUGCGUUGAUUGUUGUGACAGUGCAAAUUCCUGGAGGGACUGCAGAAAACCCAGAAAAGACUUUAUUUCUUAAGAGAACUUAAGAAAGCAAAAUUCCUGUGCCACUUCUUUUACAGAGGAGACGGGACUCUGCAGCAGGAGAUUAAAACUGCCUAGAAGAUCAUUGGUGCUCAGCAUCAGUGAUAUUGGUGAGGUGAGGUGUCUGUGCAGAGCCCAAAGGAUGCUAAAAGCCAGCACCCACCCACCCCAGCCUGUUCACCUUGUUGCCAAGAGAUACAGAAGUAUCCGUUGCUGUACCACCAGACUACAGAGCAGCUUCGUUCCUCAAACAAAACACCUGGCGUGCUCACCUCUUUAGAGUAUGAUGGGUGCCUACUCAAAAAUUCAUGAAAAAGUAAAUUUAGUCGUCAGCACUUGCAAAUAAGUAUGUAAUAUAUAUACUAAUUAAUUGCACAGCAGUGAAAGCAUUUUGCUGAGCAUUACUUAUGUGCGAGUGCUGAUGCCUUUAUGUACAGCUUCUUUCCUCAGACUGCGACACUCAUCCUCAACCAUAAAUAAUAUUUUUUUCUUUUGUGUGUAGCAUAAAGGGACUACAGCUUGCAUUUUGUUGUACAACCCUGUGUUGGAGAAUGAUAAAUAAAUGAACCUUCAACCUUG